ACGUAUUUCGCGAAGUCUCGGAUCAGUCACAAUUCGGCAGGUGGGUCGUUCGGUUUCGCGUCCGCGCGUUGCUCUUUGCUGAAAUCCGACCUAACAACAACGGGCACUGUUUUGAUCUCGCGCGGAGCCAAAGAAAAAAGUUAAUUCGACGACGGAGCGCAUCCGUUAAAUUGAUGCGCGGCGCACACGUACAUAUAUACACACAUACACAGUCAACCGCGACAAAGAGCAUUCCCACCGAGUGCGUAACCCCCGGGAGUGCCAACGUUAUCACACACACACACACAUCGAGCUAUAUAAAACUCGACGGACGUUCCUUGAGGAAGAAUAGAAAGGAACCGAGUGAUCAAACGUAACCCUUGAGACUGACGUAGGAUCUAGGAAAGCAACGUACUUGUAAACAACGCGGGUAUCCCUUUUUACUUGCGCUCAAACGAUCAACAGUCUAUGUCAGUGCGCGAAAGUGCCAUCCGCAACGGGCGCUCGUGAUUUUGACAGUUCUCGCUUGUUACAUCAGCCGAGAACUUGUCGUCGGUGCCUUAAUCAACGACACACACACACACAAAACAGUCUUUGUUCGAAACGGACGAGAGACCGCGUACUUCUGUGAUAUAUGCAACACGGCUGUUUUCUCUUCCCCUCUUUCCCAACACACACAUUUAAUUAUAUCUUGUACGCAACUAAUGAGACGCGGUAACGCCGUAGCUGUGCUAGUCAUCGAUGACCGUCACGAUAUUAAACGAGUUAAAUGUACGUUUGAGAGUCGUCAGACAUUCCCUGUAGACACAAUACUCUGAGAUACAAGGCUAGCCAGCUGCGCCAUUCUUGUUGUGUGACUCCUUCUCAUCAGCCACACUACACAUCUCCUAGUGGUCAGGUUAUAGCUGGGCCGUUGUUGUAGUUAGCUGUUGGUGUCACACACUGCAGGAAUGGACACAUCGGGCUUGCCUGUACCGGAUGCAAUCCACCCGCUGCUCGAACAACUGCAUGAGGCCCUGUUGCUGGAGGUUAAAUACCAGCCCAACCUCCAUCAAUUACCUACUACGACGCAGAAUGAUGAGAUAACCAUCGGCGCCCGAGACGGAUCCGCUCACGUGUUAAGAUGUCUGAAAGUGUGGUACGACUUAUCAUCGGACGUGUUCUUCAUGGCCAUCAAUCUGAUGGAUCGCUUUUUAAGCAAGAUGAAGGCGAAACCGAAGCACAUGGCUUGUAUCAGCGUGUCCGCAUUUCACAUUGCCGCCGUCCAAAUGGCGCAGUCUCUAGAUGCCGAUCACCUGGUCUCUAUCUCCCAGUGUAAGUGCACCGGCGGCGAUCUGAAGCGCAUGUCGGAACUGAUACAGAACAAACUGGAAUGGGCGCCCGGAACUCAGCCCACCACCACGUUGACCUUCCUGCAUCUGUUCAACGACAUGUUCCACACGGUGGCGUCGCAGCUGGGUGUCGGUGACAUAUAUGCCAGCAUUGUCACGGAAUUCGAGCUGCUCCUCCGUUUGGAAAUGGUUGUUUGCGACGGUAAUUGUGCGAGUCUCAGGCCUUCCGAAGUGGCUUUGGUGCUGCUCUGCACUUAUUUGGACGCCGCAGUUAAGCGAUUGGAUGCGAACGCGGACACCACCGCGGCGCCGAUCGACACUUCAUCCUCGCACAGUUCAUCCGCCACGCAGGAUCAGAUAGUACGACUCGUGCAGUUUGCCGCGGAGCUCAAGAAGAUAUGUAAAAUCUCAGAUGAGAGUUUCUUUUCUACUUACGAAGCGGUGGACGCUAUACUGAGCAAGUAUAACGCUCAAGAGCAAACACCGCACAGGCAGAGGCUAGUCUGGAGACUGUCAUCGCGCACGGCACGCGUUUUACGCCCGACUGAUAAAUUAACAUCCGUUCUGCCGGCCAUCGCGGAACAUGCUCCGGUUCCUUCUCCGAGCAGAAUCAGGAAAAGCCGAAAGUUUACUCGACGUCAUGGGAACAAGAGACGUUAAUCUGUGACACCGUUAUUAUUCUGAGGACGCGGCACUAGCAGUUGAAUGUCCAUCUGAUACAGCGAGCAAAACCAAGAUUCGUUUUCUACUCCAGUACAAAGAUCAAAGUUUGGCUUGAGAGUACAAACAUCGAUUCACACAUCACGCAUAAUUGAUUUAUCUCAGAUAUUUCGUUUGUGUCGCCCGCUGAGAUGUACAUACUGGUGAAAUGUAAGUCCAUUAUCUCACUGUGUUAAUCUCAGCUCACGUUUUCAUCGUAUCAUACAAACGCAUGCACAUAUUUUGAAGUAUUCUCGCGUACCUUCUAAUAUUUUAUAAAAGAGACAAGAUUUAAACUCCGUUCCGGCGGUAAGAUCGAAUAUGCUGGUAAAUGGGAAGAGGGAAGAUAAGCGCUGUGAGAAACGGAAGAAUCAGCUGUUGAGUUCAUCAAUCGAGAAACAUUGAAAUUAAUGUGAUACAAUGUCCAUUAUAGUUAGCGUACCUAGUAGUAUAACUAACACAGCUGAAGGUAUAUAUAUAUAUAUAUACAUAUAUAUAUCUAUAUAUUUGCAAAAUGCGUUAAACGAGAAAAAAAAUAUAAAAGAAGAAAUAUGAAUAAAAAGAAACAUUGCGAAAGUGUUGAGAGACGUAUAAUGGAAAAACAGUUAAAAAAAUAUAUAUAUUAUAAAGAUAAGUGGGUUGAAUAUAUACACACGAGAGUUGCUAAAUGCGUUAACUUGCGUUUGUUAGCUUCGUCAAAAGAGGAAAAAAGGAAGAAAGAAAAGUGAGAAGAUAAUGUUUUCUCAAUGAGUUCUCAAAGAAUAUGCACUUAUCUUCUAUCAUCGCACCAUCCUAGCUACCAUCUAGCGAAGUGGCCGACGUGGUAAAUACGCAGGUUGGAUGUUACACCGAGCGAAUUUCUUGAUACACACGUUUGAGAUAAGUGACGAAUGAGAUGAUGAGACGAAAUUCAUUUAAAAAGUUUCGAGAUAUCCAAGCAUGUAACUCGGAGUGUUUGAGGCGAAUUUCGCUGUAGAACUCCAUGCAUAAAAAAGGAGAGAUAAUGCGAAUUUAUUUCGGAAAAGCUAUCUUGCUUUCUUUUAUAUAUGAUUCGCAUCACUUGUUUCUUGUCUUUGUUGUCACUCGAAUCUGUAAUCUGAAAUUGUCUCGCACACUCUGGGACUUAGGUCGCGGUAAUAAAUGAAAUUUUCAUUACCGAUCUUGAAGGUUACGAUUAUAUCGCAUCUAGACUUGCGUCACAAUAAAUGGUAACUUGCUCACAGCGCGAGAGAGUGUCAAGGGAACGCACGCGAUGAAAAUGCUCUGAUCUAUCGCCAUUUAUUCGAUAGUGUGAUUCUCACUAUCUCGAAAAGCAAGAUGCGAGUUGUGUGAUUAAUAUAAGAGAUGUGUGUGUGAAAGAACACAUGCGUCGUCAAACGACGCGUUGUUCGCGAGCAGCCUCUGCUCGAUAAAAAAAAGAAAGCUAAAGUAUGUUAAAUGUCUUCAGAUCUUUUAUUCGUAUUUUUAUAUUUAUUUCUUUCACGCGUGCCGACUUGUAUCACAUAUUAAACAAUAUCGUAACGAUAUAUCGAGGAUCGUUUGAUUUUUAAUGAAGCAAGACAAAAGAAAAAAAGCAGCUACCGUUUGAAUGGUUUUUUUUUUUCGAUCUUAGCCAGUUCACGCUAGUCAUAAGUCGUACCGUACUUUCAUCUGAUUAUGAUCUGUGGAAAUACAUUUUCUUUUUGUCCCGUGACAACCUUAUCAAUACACCGAGCAAAUUUACUCCACGAAGCUUUCUGUCUUUUUUUUCCAGUUUCUUUCUCUUUCUCUCUAUGUAUCAUUCUCUGUAUUUUUUUUUUUUAAUGAUGCAUCAGGCACCACGAGUAUUUUUGAGCAAAUUAAAAACGAGCCAAGAGAUGCUCUUAACGAAUUCGUAACGAGAAUGUAAUGCAUUCGUAUAAAAACGAAAUUACGUGUCUCGAGACGAAACUGAUGCCUGGCGGAGAAGAUGGGGAGAGACAACUUUUUUGCAAUUGCAGUGUAGCCAUUCAUAUUGAUGAGACUGCUGGAGCGAGACACGAAGAGCUCGAGUCCUCUAACACUGUGCGUUUUGAACGAACUGUAGCAUCGUACAAAGUGUCCUCUUCUUUCCAUGGCGAAAGAAGAGAGUUAUUUUAUGCUAAUAUUAUUUUCGAUGUAUCACUUUUUAUCCAAGUAACUAUUUUCCUCAAUUAUUUCAAAGAGCACAAAUCUUUGCUCGUCAGUAUUAUAUGCUAUACGUGUUUGAAAUACUAUUUUAAUUCCAUUUUAUUAUUUAUUAUUUUUUUUUUACUAUAAUCAUGUAUCAUUUUCUAAUGUAUUUACAUAAUAGACUAUAACUGCUCAUCGCAAAAUUCGUUAUAAUAUCAACGAUGAUUAUAAAUGCCACGUUUCUUUGCGUAGAAGUAGUUUUAACAUAAAAAACACGCAAGAGAUGUGCAACAGUACAUUUGCAUUUUACGAAUUGCUACACGCGAGAUGUUUGUCUUUCCGGAAAACGGUAUUUGUCUCGUAACUUUAAUUUAUUUCUCCCUUAGUAUUUUUCCGGUUCAUGUUCAAUGUAGCGCGUAUUCAUAUGGUCGAUGGAAUGUUUUGAAUGGUCAAACUCUGUAAUACGGUAUUUGAUAAGAUUCACGUUAUCGCAUUACUGUUGAUAUGAUACUAGAUGAAUCGAUAAUCAUAUUGUAUUGUACGUCUACGAGAUAUCAUGUACCGCAAAAUAUCAUUCACUCUCUCCUCUCAUCGUAUAAUAAUCAUCGUGUAAACGAAAGUGAAUACAGGUGCUUUUUAUCUGUAUCUCACGCAACUCUAAUUGUGUAGACUGUGUACAAAAAGAGCAAAAGACUCUUAACCAUCGAUCGAUCCCAAAAGAUAAAGGCAAAGGAAAGCAAAUGAAUUCCGAAAGUGAUUUAAAUUUUAGUACAACUUUACUUUGUAAUUUUCUCAAUACUCAGAUUAUAAUUACGUAUAUUUAUAUAAAACGUUUACGAUAAGUAGGGUAACCAAAUGAGCUGACGCUACUUUAGGAUUUUCAAAUGGUUUCUUCUGCGAUAUUGGAAAACUAGGGACUAAAGUGAUGAUAAUCACGCAGAGAGAGACGAAGAGAAUCGUUUAUAAUAUGAGAAAUCAUAAUUUAUUGUAUUUAAAAGAAACGGCGAAGACGUGUAAGAAGAGAAAGAGGAAACUGCGCCUCGCGUAUGUGCUGUUACUUUAUAUCAUGAUGAAAAUCGAAUUUGUAAUGCACAAAGUCCGUUUAUAAUAAAAUUAUAGAAGGAUA